AUGGACGAAGGGCCAAACAGUUCUUUAGAGGAGUUCAAUGACCACGUCAAGAAAUGGGUAGAGGACACGAGAGAGUUCGUGAUAUCAAACGCCAUGUUAAACACUAUCAUGAUAGGCUUAAGCGUCAUACUCAAUGGGAUUAUAGCGAUAGCAGGCGUCUUGUCCAACAGCGUCAACGUGCUCGUCUUCAUUAGACUUGGUCUCAAGGACAGCAUGAGUGUUGGGCUUUGGGCGUUAUCUUUCACAGAUCUGGUGGUAUCUGUGUUACAUUUGUGCAGGUGUACGUCGUAUCUGUUCGCUAUAAUGUAUCCAUUCAGUCAAGUGGAUUAUUGGAUUAUCGGUAGGUUUUAUUUCGGCUGGGCAAGGUACGUGUGUUACUUCAUAUCAUGCUGGAUAACUACCCUUAUCGCUUUAGAAAGAUGCUACUGUGUUGUCUCCCCUUUCAAAGUGAAGCAAGUGUUCACAAAAACAAAAUGUGUAGCAUUCAUCCUUGUCAUGUGUGCUAUCCAUAUCGCGAUGCUUAUUCAAAUAUACGUGUACCCGUUUUUCCAAUGGGGCCGGUAUAGCACUGACCAAAAAGACACAAACGGGUCGGAUAUUUACUUCAUGCAAAUGAAACUCCAAAUGACCGUCGAAACAGCGCAAGCGCAGUUCAACAUGAAUAUCGUGGUGGGCGUGGUCUUGUCCGUGACGUCACAAGUUUUAAUCAUCCUCUGCACCGUCUGGAUGAUCUACUCAUUAAAAUCGUCCUCGAGAAUACGGAAAUCAGCCAUAUCCCGGCACCGUGAACGUGCGGAUAAUCUUUCGCCACGGGAGAAACGCCUGGUCAAAAUUGUCAUCAUGUUGGCCAUUAUCCAGACUGUGGGCAGCAUCCCCAGAUUUUUCGUGACCAUCGUGGUCCAUCACGUCCUUCGUGGUGUACAGCUGGGGACCUACAACAACCUGGGCAUACUCAUGUGGGAGGUCGCCAACUUGUUCGGUACGGUUUAUGAUACAUCAAAGCCUGUAUCCAGUAUAACAAGACAAGCCCUCUCCUGGAAUACACAGGGCAAAAUGAAAAGAGACCGACCACAGAUGGCAUGGAGGUUCGCCAUGGAAGACGAUACCAAGAAGAAUGGAUACAAUUGGUAA